GGGAUAGAGAGUAACACCAGUUGGGCGCCAAGGGGGCGGGGAAGGCCAUGGCUACUCUAGUCACUCUUCAAAAUCGGCUCCCGUUCAUUGAAAGCCAAUACUACUAUAGGAACAGGACUGCAGAUGGACAUAGGAAAAAGGAGUAUAAUGCAGCAGUUAAAAUACAGAGCUGGUUUCGAGGAUGUAGAGUUCGAGCUUAUAUCAGAUAUUUACACAAAAUGAUGACGAUUAUACAGAAAUGGUGGAGAGGUUAUUUGGGAAGAAAACAAUAUCGACAAAUGGUAAAGACAGCAUAUUUGACUAUGAAGAUGAAUUUCUACAAUGAAAUGGCUGUCAGGAUUCAGAAGAGGUGGCGAGGAUAUAAGAUCCGGAAGUACUGCUUUAAUUAUUAUUACUUGAAGGAAUAUCUGAGAGCUAUUUCUGACACCAAUCAAGCAAUCAGGGAAGCACUGGAGGAGUUUGCAGAGAUGAAAGCUCGAGAAAAGAAGGCGGCUGAUCUAGAGAAGGAAGAGAAGAGAAAGCAGAACCAAGCCCGAAAGACCCAUUACCUUCUCAGCACAAAGCAGCGUCCAGGAAUAUACAACUCACCAUUUCGAGAUCCAGAUCCAAUGGAAUUUGAGUUACGAAAAGUGAGGGCAUGUCAUAUGAAACCCCCAAGCCCCCAAAUUCAGCAGACAGAUUAUGAAGACCUUUCCUCCUGGCUUGCUUGCACGAGUAAGCGUUCAUUUCCACGAUCAGACAUUUUACCACCCAUUAACAGGAAGCAAUACCAGGGGCCCUUCCGAGAUAUCGCUGAAGUAUUGCAGCAGCGCUACAAGCCUUUGCAGCCAACCUUGCGGGUGGCCACAUCAAUCAAUUCGGUAAAAGAUGCCCAGGAGGAAUUGAAAAGGGAGGAAUGGAAACACCGUGUCAAUGACAACAUGUUUUUGCCAUUUUCUAAUUAUAAUAAGAAUGAAAAGUAUAUCCCAAUGAUUCACACUUCAACCAAGUAUACAGGUGUUUCUUAUGGACAAAAACCAUUCCAAGAAGAAGAACCUGAGAAAUGGAUAAGCAACAAGAACUUCCAAACUGUGUUUCCACCAUUUGCUCUCUUUGAAAAGUAUGGAAAACUAUAUUCAAGAGCUGGAGAGAUAGUGUAAAACUGUGUAUUUCUACAUGAAGAACUCUUCAAAAUGUAACAAACUCACAAAUCCACAAAUAAAAUUGAUUGAGCUACCAUGAA